UCUUGUGCUGGAAGUCGUUCUGAAUAAGAGCGUCUGCUGAUUUAACGUGAUGUAAUGUAACGUAAACAGCACAAAAAGCUCGACCAACUUUCCGUCAGCGGCGCGGUGGGAGCGGCGCACCAACUCGCCGUAAAUGUGCUUUCGGCCAACGGAAGUGGAGAGGCAGAGUUUGUUCAGUCUGAUGCUGAGACCAAGUAGCCUACAGUCUGUGUACAAGAUCUAGCCUGCUUACACUGUUUAAAGCAUUGCUGUAAUUUCACUGGAAAACAUGGAUGGCGACAGGGAAACAAAGUCGAUGACAGCAGCGAAGCGACGGGAGCGUCAGGCUGCUGCAGAUCUGGAGAGCGGGGACAAUGAAAUCGGCAUGUGCGGGUGUCUCCUGGUGCUCUUCUCCAUCCUGCUCACCCUGGUCACCCUGCCCCUCUCCAUAUGGAUGUGCAUCAAGAUUGUGAAGGAGUAUGAACGGGCCAUCAUCUUCCGCCUGGGCCGAAUCGUGCGAGGAGGGGCCAAAGGACCAGGUCUCUUCUUCAUCCUGCCCUGCACCGACACCUUCGUCAAUGUGGACAUGCGCACCAUCACCUUUGACAUCCCACCCCAGGAGGUUCUGACGAAGGACUCGGUGACGGUGAGUGUGGACGGGGUGGUGUAUUACCGGGUGAACAACGCCACCCUGGCGGUUGCCAACAUCACCAACGCGGACGCAGCGACCCGGCUGCUGGCGCAGACGACCCUGCGCAACGUGCUGGGAACCAAGAACCUGGCGGAGAUCCUGUCGGACCGCGAGGAGAUCGCCCACACCAUGCAGGCCACCCUGGAUGAUGCCACGGAUGAGUGGGGCAUCAAGGUGGAGCGCGUGGAAAUCAAAGACGUCAAGCUGCCCCAGCAGCUGCAGAGAGCCAUGGCAGCCGAGGCGGAGGCGGCGCGCGAAGCCCGGGCCAAGGUGAUUGCGGCGGAGGGUGAGAUGAAUGCGUCGCGGGCGCUGAAGGAGGCGUCCAUGGUGAUCGCCGAGUCGCCCUCCGCCCUACAGCUGCGCUACCUGCAGACCCUCAACACCAUCGCCGCCGAGAAGAACUCCACCAUCAUCUUCCCCCUGCCCAUCGACAUGAUUCAGGGCUUCCUGAAUCGCUGAGCCCAGCCCUGCAA